GAAACAGCAGCAUCGGGCACAAGGGAGCUGCCACCAUGUUGGGACUCCUCCCUGCAGUCACCUGCCUGCUCUUCUUCUCCCAGCCGGGUUCCAGCUCCACUUCUGACGGCGAUGGCACAGUGGUGAACACCACCAGUGGCCCUAUCCAGGGCAGGCGUCUCUCAGCUGGCUCCGGCACCGUGACUGCCUUCCUGGGCAUCCCCUAUGCUGAGCCCCCUCUGGAAGCCUUACGUUUCCAGAAGCCCCUUCCCCACAAGCCCUGGACAAACAUCCUGGAUACCACUAGCUUUCGUAGUCCGUGUCCCCAGCCUCCUUUAAUUGGCUGGCCUGAUAGCAGCAUGUGGAUGCCCAAAACACCCUAUUCUGAGGACUGCCUCUUCCUUAACAUCUGGGUGCCCCAUCCCCGGCCAUCUUCCCCAGUUCCCAUCCUCAUCUGGAUCCAUGGUGGGGGGUUUUUUAUGGGCGCAAGCUCUGUGGACCUGUAUGAUGGGCGUUACUUAGCCACCACCGAGAGUGUGAUCGUGGCCUCCAUGAACUACCGGCUGGGGGCACUGGGCUUCUUGUCCUUGCCACCGACUGCCCCGGGAAAUGCUGGCUUGUGGGACCAGCAGCUGGCACUGCGCUGGCUGAGGGAUAAUGCAGCUGCCUUUGGCGGGGAUCUCAGUCGCUUGACCCUCUUUGGCCAGAGUGCUGGGGGUGCCUCCAUUGACUUCCACCUCCUCUCUCCAAGCAGUCGUCCCCUCUUCUCUCGGGCUGUUAUUCAGAGUGGAGCUUCCAGCUCCACCUGGGCUUGGAUUGACCCAGAGGAGGCAAAGCAGAGGGUCCAGGCCCUAGGCCUACUGCUGGGCUGCCCUGAAGCAAAUGACAUUGCCCUGGUGGGAUGCCUGCAAGGGAAGGAGGUGGGGGAGAUCCUCAAGCAUCAGAUGUCCGUUGGCAGGCAUCAAUCACUAAUUCACCUUAGCUUCGUGCCUACCACGGAUGGGGAUUUCCUGCCAGAUGCACCAUGGAAGUUAGUGAAGGCUGGGCACAACCAGUCUAUGCCCAUCCUGGUUGGAUUCACCACCAAUGAGGGAUCCAACUUUUUGAUUUCUUCUUAUUUCCCAUUUGACCUGGAGGAUGCAAGUCAGAUUGGCUGGGAGAAGCUACUGAAAGUGUUGGGGCAGAUGUUACAGGGGACACCAGAACAUGUUAUUGAGGCCAUUGCACUGCAGUACAGCCCUGCAGAACAGGGCACCACACGGUACCGAUGGGCCAUGGAGCAGAUUAUUAGUGACAUGCUCAUUGCCUGUGGAGUAGUUGAUGUUGCCCAGCGGGAGUCAGAGGCCCAAAGUCCUGUGUACGCCUAUACCUUUGCCUAUCGCCCCAGGAAGCUGUCAUCCCCUGAGUGGACUGGGGUGCCACACGGCUCGGACCUGCUCUUCUUGUUUGGGACCCAGGCAGCAGGCAACCAGAACUUCACUGAAGCCGAGGCAGCACUAAGCCGCAGGGUGAUGUGGUACUGGGCAGAAUUUGCCAGGAGUGGCAACCCCACGGGGGCGGGCAGCAGUGGGGAGCAGUGGCCCCCCUACACCACCACUGAGCAGAACUUCCUGCGCAUCAGCAUGGAGGAGCCCCGGGUUGCAAGCCCAUCGCCCGCCCAGAGCUGCGGCUUCCUGAUGCCACUGAUCAUGAAACAACUGGAAGCCCCCACAGGCAGUUCCCUGCCCCAGACCAGUACCAGCUCUGGGGCCUGCUCGGAUGGAAAAGCCCACUUUCAGAACUCAGCUCCAUGGACCCUCUGCAACCCCAGGGCAGAAGAAACAUGUGAAGGACUGAGACCCACGUAGGAUCAGGUGGGCUUCAGCAUCCACAGGCAAGCUGCCCUUUCCCUUCCAUGCUAAGGAGACAGAAGGAGGAUGCUCUAUCAACCCCUGGAGGCAGCUAGAGUCCUGUUCACUCUGAAUUUUGCUUCGCCCUACUUCAUCCACACACUUUCUUGCAAUAUAUGAUGCAGUACUGGAUGUCAGUGUGGCUUAUGUGCAACUGUAGAGAGUGCGCUGGUGGUUUGCCAUGGCUGACAAAGUUGACCAUGCUGGUACAGAGCUGUGUGGGAGUC